CGUGGCGCAAUCGUGCGACACUUUAGACACCAAACUGUCGGGAGACUGGACCCGGUCCUCUCGGUGGUCCCGCCCGUGAACCGAAGCGCGGGGAGAGACUUCCGGGCUUGGGCAUUUGCAGAGGGCGAGGGGCUGGCCGCAGGGCUUGGUGGACUUGCAAGUGAGCUGCCCUGUGGUCGCGUCAGUCUCGGCCGGUGGGUUGGGGUGCUCGGACCGCGUUCACCUCAGUUCCCUAGCUCCUGGCACAGACGUCAACAAAUGCUUGUUGAAGAAGUGCAAGAGUCGGGAGGGAGGAAAGCCUUCCAGACAUCUUUUAGCAGCUGUCCCCGCCUACUCCUUUGCGCUUCCAGGUCAGGGAGGUGUGUCCAAAAGAAAGGGGGAAGCCAGUUCUGCCGGCGUUCGCACGCCUGCCACAAUUUGUUGGUAGGGCCUUUGCUUUUUCGGGGAGUCUCGCCACCUUCGGAAUCGCCUCUUUAGGAAAUCACUUAAUUUCUGGCUCUACUAUUCCCACAUCCUCUCCCUGAUUAGUUUCCUGCACUUCCAGAGAUUGAAAAAUACUGCAGAGAGGAGAGGAAGGGGCAGUGAUAGAAACAAGCAAAGCUCUUUCCCUGGGGGGACCUCCUGGAGAAGGAUAAUUUCUUGCCUUCUUAAAUCGGCGACCAAAAUCAGUUACUUGGCUCCCAUACCCAGAGCUUCAGUUGCUCUUUCCCUUCUCAAUUCCGCAAGAGCACUGGGCGACCGAGAGUUAUGGAGAAGCGCCUGCAGGAGGCUCAGCUGUACAAGGAGGAAGGCAACCAGCGUUACCGGGAAGGGAAGUACCGAGAUGCUGUGAGUAGGUAUCAUCGAGCUCUGCUUCAGCUGCGGGGUUUGGACCCAAGUCUGCCCUCCCCGAUUCCUAAUCUAGGACCUCAGGGCCCGGCUCUCACACCUGAACAAGAAAACAUACUGCACACCACCCAGACAGACUGCUACAACAAUCUAGCUGCCUGUCUCCUUCAGAUGGAGCCAGUAAACUACGAACGAGUGAAAGAAUACAGUCAGAAAGUCCUGGAACGACAGCCUGAUAAUGCCAAGGCCUUGUAUCGGGCCGGAGUGGCCUUGUUCCAUCUGCAAGACUAUGACCAGGCUCGGCACUACCUCCUGGCUGCUGUCAAUAGGCAGCCAAAAGAUGCCAAUGUCCGGCGGUACCUCCAACUAACACAGUCGGAACUCAGCAGCUACCACCAGAAAGAGAAGCAGCUGUACCUGGGCAUGUUUGGUUAACAGAGAAGAAAGAUGCUUCUCCACUUGAACUUAGGUAAACCAGUAAAGACCCAUCGAGGGGAAACCUGAGCCUCAGCAAGAGAAAUUAGUCCCAUACCUCUGACCCAGGUGGAUUUCUGUUUUGUUUCUAAUUCUGCACAAACUCUUUACCACUUACACAGUCUGUGCCUUUUUUGUGUCUAUCCAUCUGUGUAUUUGUAUAGCUUUCAAUAAGUGGUAUUCUUGGGGAUAUUUGCCUUGAGAAAUACAACCAGAAAACAUUCAUCAGCUAUGGGUGGAAUUAAUCAUACCUAUGACAUAGAUUUUAAUGAUAGAUGUUAUCAGAUAUCUUCAUAUACAGAGGACAAGGCCAGCAGAGGAUGAAAUAAUAAGGAUAGGCAGAAAGGAGUUUAUUCCUUUUUUUCCUCAGAUGCCCAAAGUCAAAGUUUCACAGGCCACAAACUGGGAAAUAUAUUUUUUUGUGAAACUAGAUGAUUAGAAAUUGGGCCCGCAUGGCUUAAAAUGAAAGAUUUGAAAUUAAUCGUUUUGAUUAAAUUAAUUCCUUAUUCUUAAUAUUCCACCUACAUUCAGAUUCUUUUUCCCCUACAAACGUAUCUGGUUCCUGUUGUUUCUCUUGGUGAUUUCUAGUCUUUGGUAUUCAUAUUCACAUCAUUAAUAUAGGAUACUUAUUUUUUCAUUAAACUCUUCUAUCUUAAAACCUCUGGAGUCAAGCGUUUAAGUAUUUAAUAACCCUUCAGCCCUCAUGCCAAAAAAACACCCAAGUAAACAUUUUUAUUUUUAAUAGGUAUAUAUCUAUAGUAUGCUCGUUUCUCUAAAAAACAUAGGAAAGACAGAUUACCAAGUCUUCUAGAAACAAUACCAUAAAAGAGCAAGAUAAAAACAUUAAUCUAUUCUUUUACCUGUCUCCUUAUGUUUUGCAAGAGCUCAGUUCCUUACAGAGGAGGGAAAUAAUGAGGAAGAGUUCUACUUCCUUAGUGCCUUUUAAGCACCUGAUGGAACUUUCUGGAAGCUUUGUUGGGCAUGGGUGCAGGCUGCAGAUCUGGUACAGUCAUGGCUCAGUAGGAGGCUCCAUCAACCAGGAGCUCCUUUGUUAUUCUGGGUACUUGUGAAUAAUGUCCACACUGUAUGAGUUCUACAGAGUAGAUGAGACCAUAUAGCACUGCCUCUACCUUUUUGAGUGGGGCUGAUAAGCUUUUGCCGUUAGCCAUCAUAUAACCAUAGAAAGAUUUCAGAAAAGAAAAAAAACCUUAAGUCUUGCCAAGUGUACAUGAAUUCUUCUCCCUUUAUCAGUAAUACCCCCUCUCCCAAUGAGCUAGGCUCCUCUUUGUCUCCCUAUACUCUUAAAUAAUGCAACCAAGAGCUUACAACAAAAAGUUUUUCUGCCAAAUAAUCCUCUGAAGUCCAAGGACAGAACUAACAACAGUCUAAUAUUUUAUUCCUCUUCCAAGCUUCUUGAAUUUCUAAGCCUAGUUUGUUGACAAAAUUAUGUCAUGGUUGCAUGUUUUGUUUGCUUUGGGCUGGUUUUGCUUUCUGCUUUUCUUUUCUUUCAAAGACUUGAUGUCAUAAUAAGCUAUCUUCUGCAUCAAUGAGGAAAAAAUAAAACUGAUAUUUAAAAAUA